AUUGUCGACUCAAUGAAAAAAACCAUCUUUAAUAAAAAGCGAAAAUCAUCAUCUGCAUCAAUUUUCAAUCCGCAUAAAACUGAAAGAAAGUAAAGAAUGGCCGCCGUGGAAGCGCUUUACAAGGAACUAACUGCCGAGUGGGGGAAGCGGCCACCAAACACAGGUAAAUGCGGCCAGCUGCUGGAUCAAUUAAAAGUGGCGCUGGUGAAGAUGGCCUUCCUGCCUACGGACGGAAACGACGCUCAGAGCUCCAAGAAGCAACUAAUUCUGGCCCGAAGUGUUCUCGAAAUUGCCGUGGAGCAUAGCGUGCUCAGCAAGGAUCUGCUCGCCUUCGAGCGCUACAUGGCUCAACUAAAGUGCUACUACUACGACUACGCCAAGAUUAUCGGCGAAUCGGAGAGCAAGUACAAGCUGCUGGGUCUUAAUCUGCUCUACCUGCUUUCCGGAAAUCGAGUCUCAGACUUCCACACGGAACUGGAACUGCUCUCCGUGGAUGUCAUUCAGCACAACCAGUUCAUCCGUCCGAUCCUGGCUUUAGAACAGUACAUAAUGGAAGGACGUUACAACAAAAUCUUUCAAGCAAAGUCGACAGUGCCCGCCGAGGUGUAUAGCUACUUCAUGGAUCUGCUAGUUGAGACCGUGCGUGACGAGAUCGGUGCUUGUAUCGAAAAGUCAUACGACAAGAUCUCCGCCAAGGAUGCGGCUAAGCGGCUCAAUCUGCGUGUCCCCGACGAGAUCAAGACGUUCGGCGAGAAAAGGCAGUGGAAACUAGAGGCCAACGGCGACUAUAGCUUCACGGACCGCAGCGUCAAGCCGAAGGAGCUACUUCCUUCCGAGGAACUGGCCGAGCAGGUGCUCAGCUACGCCCGGGACCUCGAGAUGAUAGUUUAAGUCUAAUGCAGCCCGUAAUAAAGGUUAAGAAAAAAGUUCUAGUAUGCUGGAUUUAAUUUUUAUAAAAUGUACCUAUAAUAAAAAAAAAAUAAUAAUUCUA